AUGGCAAAGUUGCAAGAUAUUGAUCUUUCAAAGAAUCACCUUUUUGGUACAAUUCCCUUGUCCAUACCAAAAAUAAAAUUUCUUGAAUUACUUUCCCUUGGGAAAAAUCAGCUUUCAGGGGAGCUUCCCCAUCAUUGGAAUGAUUCACAAUUCCUAAAGGUUGUGGAUAUUGCAUAUAACAACCUAUCUGGAAAAAUUCCAAACUCAAUGGGUUUCCUAAAUUCCCUUGAAGUAUUAGUGUUGAGCAACAACAAUCUUUAUGGAGAAAUUCCUUCUUCGUUGAGAAAUUGUUCUCUUUGGAGUAUUGAUCUUGGUGGAAAUUAUCUCUCAGGGAACCUUCCAUCAUGGAUAGGAUUGCAAGUCUUAAUGCUACGCUUACGUUCAAAUCUAUUUAGUGGAAUCAUUCCUCGACAAUGGUGCAACCUUCCAAGUCUUCACAUCUUAGAUCUUGCACAAAACAAUCUUUAUGGUGGCAUUCCAGAUUGUUUGGACAAUUUGAUUGCUUUGAUUUAUGGCUACAACAAUAGUUACUUUAGUGUUUACGGUUAUCAGGAGGAAACAAUUUUAGUGACAAAAGGACAAGAGCUUUUAUAUGGUAGAAUUCUUGAGUUUGUUAAUAGCAUUGAUCUUUCAGGGAAUCAUUUGACGGGAGAAAUUCCCAAUGAACUAUCACGCCUCAUAGAAUUAGAAUAUUGGAAACUUGCGGAGGCUUGA